AUGAAUCCAAAUUGGUCCGGUGAUCGUUUAUUCCAGGAAACACGAAAAAUUGUUGGAGCUGAAAUACAAGUAAUAACAUAUAAGGAAUUUUACCCAAAUUUGGGUAAUACUAUGAAUAAACAUAUUGGUUCUUAUAAAGGAUAUGAUCCAAAAAUUGAUCCUACCGUAUCUAACGUAUUUACCACAUCAGCUUAUCGAUUUGGACAUGGAAUGUUACAGGAAUUUUAUAAACGGUUAGACUUUGCCGGAAAGAAUAUUUCUCAUGGUGGAUUCCUGUUUGGCGAAGGUGUUUUCAAAUCGGGCAAAAUUUUAUUUGAAGGUGGAAUUGAUCCAAUUUUACGUGGUUUCAUGAUGACAGCCGUAAAACGACCUCAUCGUAUGGGUAAAUCAAUCACUGAAAAAAUGUUUGGCAGUACCGAUCUUGGUUCCGUCAAUAUUCAACGUGGACGUGAUCAUGGAUUACCAUCGUAUAAUAAAUGGCGACAUUUUUGUGGAAUUUCAUUGGCUAAUGAUUUUGAAGAAUUGAAAAAUGAAAUUUUAGAUAAAAAUAUACGUGAUGGUUUAGCAAAAACCUAUAAAACAGUUGAUGAUAUUGAUUUAUAUAUUGGUACGAUGGUUGAAGAUCCAGUUAUUGGUGGUUUAGUCGGUACAACAUUGGCUUGUUUAAUUGGUGAUCAAUUUAAAAGAUUACGUGAUGGUGACAGAUUUUACUACGAAAAUCCUGGUAUUUUUACUGCUGCGCAAUUGGAUGAACUUCAAAAGGUCACAUUAGCUAGUAUCAUUUGCAAUAAUGGUGAUAAUUUUGGUACCAUUUCAAAGGAUGCUUUUUUGGUACCACAAGGACAGCUUACACAAUGUUCAGCAAUUCCACAGAUUGAUUUAAUCAAAUGGCGAGAAUAAAUUGGAUCGAUUUAAAUUAUGGAA